UUCUCACCGCGUUUAUUUCUCUUCCUUUGCACGAACAUCGCUCCAUGUGAUAGACACAAACGCUGGAGUAACUCAGCGGGACACGCAGCAUCUCUGGAGAGAAGGAAUGGUUCGGGGGUCGAGACCCUUCUCCAGACUGGUCUGCAGUUCCUUCCUACACCCAUGGCUCCAUGGGCGAUGAUUGCAGCUGCAGACAUUCCCUGCACCACCUCCACCUCCACUGCCGCGCACGUGUCGCGAGGUACCCGCAGGUGGGACGCCAGCUCACAAUGGCCGCAUUGUGACGGUGCUGGCGGCGGCGGCGGCGGAUGGUCGCGCGCGGUGUACAGGGGCCGCGGCUGCUGCUGCCCGCUGCGGCUUUGAUGCCCGGGAGGUGCAGGUGCAGGUGUAGGUGCCGCUGAUAAUGUGAGCGGCGCUGGGCGGCAGCAGUAACAACAGCAGUAGCAGCAGCAGCAGCAGCAAGCGCACACUGUGCCGAAGGAAACACACGCAACUCUGCAAGUGUGUGUACGCCGGUAACUUAGCAACGAGAGGACGCCGGAAACCCAGAGCCCACAGCCAGCAUUUAUCCAUCCUGAAAACGGGAGGACAUGACCGAAAUCAGCAAACGACUGAGCAAGAACAUACCGCUCUCCGCAUUAUCUGCCUUCAGCUUCAUCCCGGAGAGGAGAGAGUCCAAUGAGAUCACGUACUUCGGUAAUCAGAAAAAAGAAGUAUCCAUGCUGCUUUAUGAUCGGGUUUUUCAAGUGCAACAAGGAUAUAAUAACAAAAUUCAUCGUGACGAUCGAGAAAACAGCGGGAGCCAAGGACUUCAUGUGAAUGCGGAGGAGAAAUUACGAAUAGUUCCAGUCAUAACAUCAUCAUUCUACGGUAAACGCCCCCAACUUGAGCCAACAAAUCGGAAUUUUGUCAGAGUUGCCCAUGUGCAAGCAGAAUUUUACAGAAGAAAUGGCAUUACUAACUAUUUGGAAGAGAGAAUGAAAAUAGAUAGGAAUAACAUGUAAUUAUUACUUCAAUACCGCUGGAAUUUGAAAUAAAUGAACAUUUCCCUUUUUUAUUGAAGAGAAUUCUUAAUUUAAAACUGGAACUUCUUCAAGCUUGAUUGGGAAUGUUGUUCAUGCAUGUUAACUAUAUCUGGCCAUGGUGAAGACUAUUUGAUACACUUAUCCAUCAAUACAUCUAUGAGAAACUAGUCCCCUUUGGUUUUUUGCACUGAAUACUGAUACUAUUAGAAAUCACAGAAGUCUCUUUAAAGCUGAGUGCUACCUUUUGCAUCAUGAUUCCAACUCAUUGAGUUCCAGUGCUUUCAUUUGAAUCUUGAUUAAUAGAUUUGUAAAUUGAAGGAAUUUGAAAAGAGAAAUUGUACGUGGGUUGCUAGGAAUGAAUUAUGAAAGGUUUUGCUGUUGUUAAUUUUUGAAAUUUGAGCUGAAGCAUGAACCAUUAUGACAUUUUGAACCUAAUAAGCAAUUAGUCGGAGGCAGAGUUGACUUGUGAGUUAUGUUUCAGUGAUUGUACCUCGCCUCUGUGUUCAAAUUCCACUUCAGAGACUUCAAAGUUCAACAGUACCACACUCCUUCCAUGCUAUACAGAUAACAACGUAUUAGAAUAAAUAUUUGAGUCUGAACAUAAAACAUCAAAUGGUAGUCUGUUCUUUUGAAGACAGGUGAUUUUUUUUUUACCUGUCAAUUGCCUUGCGUCUUGGUAGACUGUGCCAACACAUGGUGACUUUCCUCAAGCAUGUCUCUCUUCAACGAGGAUUCAUGAAAUCCGAGUUUCAUACCUUUGUAGUCAAGGCUGUCGUGCAGUCUCCUCUUGAUUCUAAGUAAAUUAUUUAAAAACUUUUGCUAUUCUGAAUUUGUGGUUAUGAGUCAUCUAGUUUCACAUUUUUAUAUACUAAGAGACAUGGCAGUCACUUUCUUGGAAUAUGGAACAAACAAUCUUAGUGAUUUUAGACCUUAUUUAUUCUCAAGGUUACUGAUGAUAUUGACUUGCAGGAUAAAGGCUAUGAGCUAAUAGGUAUACUCUACUAUUGAAGAGAUGGUGAAUUGUUGCUUUAGUUUAUGUGAAGCUGUACUCCCAUGAAUUAUGUUGCCCAUGGAUGCAAUUCCUCAGCAAGGCAAAUCCAGUCACAGUAACACGAACAACAUUGAAUAUAAGAGAGUCUGAAGAAGGCUCCUCGUCUCAAAAUGUCAUCUAUCCAUGUCCUCUAGAUAUGCUACAUGACCUGCUGAAUUAUUCCAGCACUUUGUGUCUUUCGUGAUUUAAGAGAUUUUGCUAAUCCCACAAACUAUUCUCAUUAUAAAAUCAAGAAGGAAGAUUUUUUUAAAUCUCAACCUACUUGCAUUGAAACCGAUGCGAUAAUAGAACCAAAACAUAUUUUUUUGCUGGAUGUUCUCACCUUUGCCCACCUACUAGGAAGUGAAGGGGAUAAUUGGGACAUUGAAAAAAUGAGACGUGGAAAGAAUAUUUGAAAGAUUGAGAGCUGAAUAUUUGACAAGAAUGUGAAGUGCACAAAUAGAAAUUAUUGCUGGUUAGCGAUGAUAAAAUUGCUAACACUAAUUUGUGACAGUGAUCUCAAGAUUUUGUUUUAGAUUUUUAAGAAUUAAUGUAUAUUUGAUAUUAUUGAAUAAAUAUAUAU